CAAAGAAACACAGUAUGUUUAAAAAGAUCCAUUCCAUAUUUCACCCCAACUCCCACCGAAGAAAUGCAACAGAUGACAUUCCUUACUGGGAUGGCACAGGUUCUGCUGUCAGGCUGAUCCGCAGCACCUCUAUGUAUGUCCUUGGAGAUGAGCAGGAAAAAGUGAGUGAACCAUUAAAAAAAUGCAAAAGUACAAACAGCAUUGACUCCUGCAGCCAGUCAAAAGAGGAAGACAGAGAGUGGAUGUACUCUAAGACUCAGGACUGCUUGAAAUACUUACAGGACUUAGCCUUGAGGAAAAAAUACUUUGACAACAUCAAUAAGUUGAAAUCCAUGCAUAUGACUGCAGAUUCCCCAACAUCCACAAAAUCAUCCAAAACUGGAAAGAAGUCAUUUCUUCCACUUUCCUCCAAAGAGUUUUCUAAGACAUCCAUGGAGAGAAGAAAAGUCCCACAGCCCAGUUCAGAUGUAAGAGAAGCUAUAGCAUUCUUUGACUCGGUUAUUGCAGAUCUGGAUUCAGAGAGAUGCCGGAGAGCUCCUGACAUGGACCUGCCAAAUGUGGAUGUUGAUUUUGAUGUGGCUACCAGCACAAGUGAACACAGUUUACAUUCAAACUGGAUCCUUCGUGCUCCUCGCAGGUACUCAGAAGAUACUGCCCAAACAGCAAAGGCUGCAAACCAGUCACAAAAAAACAGCCAACGAAGUACGACUGGCUCUAGGAAGAGGUUGGAAAGGCAUCCUAUGUACUUGCCCAAAGCUGUGGAGGGAGCAUACAACACAUUAAAAUUUAAGCCCAAAACACGAAAGAAAGAAUAUUGA